GGAGAGUGUAGACCUGCGGACUCACAGCAGUCAUCUACUACAGAGCUUUAAACUCUGCUGCCUCACUUGUGGAUAAUCUUCUGACAGCUUCCCGGAGGAGGAAUCGGUGCGUCUGUAUCACCUGAAGGGAAGCUGUAUUAAGUCUGAGGAGAGUUUUGGUUUCACAUUUGAGUGGGACAGAACAUCACAGCUGAGACCCUGCUGUGCUGUGUAGGAGGCUGAUCAGUGGAGUCUUUUCUUUUCUGGUUCUGAGAGAAGAUCAUCACCCAAAACUCAGUGUCCUCUGAAGGAGCGCCAUAACUUCACAACAGCGCAUAGGCCCUGCAUUCAGGGAGCUUGGAGCUGCCGGAGAAAAAAAAACCAAGAGAGAGAAAAUAAACACGACUUUAAAAGACCCUCUUCAUGAAUUCUCCAAAAACCUGAAAGGCAAAUACUGCAAGUUGGCUGGCGGUCCCGAGGAGGCAUGUGGACAAUGAGUAUGGCUUGGCUCUGUGUCCUAGCCUACACUGCCCUUCUUGUUGGCUGCAUUCAUUCAACUGCCACAGAAAGUGACGUCACUCCACGCCUCACCUUCCCCUACAAUGCGAAGGAGAGGACAACCAGGAGUUUCUCAGUCGACGGGGUUUUCAACUUUACCUCUCUCCUGCUCAGUAAAGAAGACAACAAGCUGUAUGUCGGUGCUCGAGAAACUCUCUUUGCUCUGAACCUCAGUGAUAUCAGCGCAGUCAAGUUACAAAGAAAUCUCACAUGGAGCACUCCUGACAGAAAAAGAGACGAGUGCAGUUUCAAAGGCAAAGACCUGAAGACUGAUUGCUUCAACUACAUCAAGAUUCUACUUCGUAUGAACAGCACUCAUCUGUACGUGUGUGGAACGUAUGCCUUCAGCCCCAUCUGUGCAUACAUAAACACUGUAGAUUUCUCCCUCGUCAAGAGUGACAACGGUGAAAUUGUAACAGAGGAUGGCCGAAGCCGCUGCCCUUUCAACCCUGAGUACAAGUCCACGGCCAUCAUGGCUGAUGGAGAGCUGUACGCUGGUACAGUGAGUAAUUUCCAAGGAAACGAACCCAUCAUUUACAAGACUCUAAGCCAAGGAACUGCUCUCAAAACAGAAAACUCCCUGAACUGGCUUCAAGACCCAGCCUUUGUUGGCUCUGCCUACAUACAGGAGAGCCUGCCUAAGGGCAACCUUGUGGGCGAUGAUGAUAAGAUUUACUUCUUCUUCAGUGAAGCGGGAAAGGAGUUUGAUUUCUUUGACAACACCAUUGUGUCACGUAUCGCUCGCGUGUGUAAGGGUGACAUGGGAGGAGAGAGGGUCCUGCAGAAGAAAUGGACAACAUUCCUGAAGGCCCAGCUCUUGUGUUCUCUGCCUGAUGAUGGCUUCCCCUUCAACAUUAUCCAGGACAUGUUUGUGCUGACUCCAAGCCCCGAGGACUGGAAGAAUACAGUGUUUUAUGGAGUUUUCACAUCUCAGUGGUACAAGGGUGCUUCAGGAAGCUCUGCAGUGUGUUCCUUUACUAUGGACCAGGUUGAGAAGGCGUUUAAUGGCCGAUACCGAGAGGUCAACAGAGAAACCCAGCAGUGGUACACCUACAACCAUCAGGUCCCUGAGCCUCGGCCUGGAGCGUGCAUAAACAAUGCUGCAAGGGAGGAAGGAAUCUCCUCUUCACUGCACAUGCCGGACAAGGUGCUGAAUUUUGUCAAAGACCACUUCCUGAUGGACAAUGUGAUCCGUAGCCAGCCUCUCCUUCUGAAGCGUAAUGUUCGCUACACUCAGAUCGCCGUCCAUCGAGUCCAGGCAGCGAAGAAGGCCUAUAAUGUGCUCUUCAUCGGCACAGAUGAUGGGAGACUUCAUAAAGCCAUUAAUGUUAAAAACAAGAUGCACAUCAUUGAGGAGAUGGUGCUUUUCCGUGACGCCCAACCAGUGCAACACAUUGAACUGGACUCUGAGAAGGGUCGGCUCUAUGUUUCCUCUUUCUCUGAACUCGUGGAGGUCCCAGUAGCUAACUGCAGUAAUUAUCAGAGCUGUGGGGAGUGCAUCCUCUCCAGGGAUCCUUACUGUGCCUGGAACGGGAGGCAGUGUGUGGAUAUCAGACAGUCUCCAUCAAGCAAGAUGCAGCAGGAUGUGGAUGAAGCAGACACAUUAGCUAUUUGCAACAAAACAGUGCCUAGCCCACGGUUUGCUAAACCUCCACCUACACGAAUGUCUUCAUGCCAGGUGAUCAUUAUACCAGCCAACACCUUCAAAGUCCUGCCUUGCAAGCUGCGCUCCAAUUUAGCUGAAAGGAAGUGGGAAUUCAGUGAGAGUGCAGGUCACUUUCAUUACCCCAGUCCGGAGGGGGGGCUCGUAGUGGUAGCUCAGGCUGACAGGCAGGAAACCUACGAGUGCUGGUCGGUGGAAGAAGGCUUCAGGCAGCUUUUGGCGAACUACUGCGUGAGGGGAGAGGCCAAGCAGGAGAGCACCACUCUGACAGGCCGCUCACAUACGCCGCAGAUCUCCCAGGAGGAGUUCAUCAUUUUACCUGGGAAGGCCCUCUCGCCGCAGAUCAACACUAAGACCUACUGGAACGAGCUGAUCGUGGUGUGUGCCCUGCUGGCGUUUUCCCUGGUGGUUUUCUCUUUAUUUGUGGUCUACAGGAACCGCGACCACAUGAAAUCCAUGCUCAAGGAGGGAGAAUGCCCUAACAUCCAACAGAAGAAACCCAGAAUAGGGGGGAAACCUGCAGAGAACUUACCGCUCAAUGGCAACACAGUGACUGCAUCUGCGUCAGAUCAUAAGGGCUACCAGACCCUUAAUGACAACUACAUCUGCAGCACUCCGCCACACGAGUGCUCAUCGCCCGACAACAGCAAGAGCUUCUCAGAGACAGAAAAGAGACCUCUGAACUUCAGAGAAAGUCAUGUAGAGAUUUCUCCCUCAUGCCCACGGCCACGAGUGAGACUGGGUUCGGAGAUUAAGGACUCUAUAGUGUGAGGCCGACUUAAUGUUAUGUGGAGUGACUUGUUUUAAACCGAGGGGGAAAGAGUGCACUUACUGAGAAAGACAAAACUCUAUGAGAGGGAGAAAAAAAACAAAAAAAAAAAACAGAGGAGUAUCUGACUCUUUGUGGAGAAACAUAACACAGAUUUUGCACUUUUUUUUUUCCUUUUUGUUCUUUCCCUGUAGUCCAUGUACAUUUCAUUUUAUUUUCCUGUCACUCCCUCUUAUUCAAGUGCAUUCGAAGCAAACUGAAUUUUCGGUUUGCCUUCAGACUUUUGACGCUUUCACAUUCGCGGAUGGAAAGCUUAGAAGUUGCUUCGACGAUUCAGUUGUUGAAUUUCAUAGCGUUGCCAUUCGGUCCGUCCAUAUAAUUUACUGGUAAUGCUUUGAAAUGCAGAGUGAUGUUCAGGCAUGUUCCCACUAACAGCUGACACAGUGUUUGCUGUUUUUUUUUUUUUUUCAUAUUCUGUCAUCUGGUAAGAACCUACCCUUCACUGAGGCUAUGCACUAUAUACUGUACUGUAGCAAGGUGAACACUCACAACGGUUCAGUGGCAAGUAAGGAAAAAUGUCCUGUCAUGCAGGCGUAGAUAGCCAGAGUGCAUUCACAGUAAUUAAAUGUAACACAGCAAGGACAGAGACACGAUUUAGAGAGGAAAAGUUACAUUAAGAUUAAAAAGAAUGACGAUUAUUUAUGAAAAAUACAACUGAGGAAUCACCUUGGCAGAUAUUGUAGAAACUCUUACCACUCAGUCACUAAACACCAAUUAUGAUUAUGCAGGGUGACACAUAGAUGUUAUUCAGUAUCUGUAUUAAUAGUGGAUCCUCUGUGGAAGGGUUUUCUUGCACCAAAUGUGAUAAAGGGAAAAGGCCCAUUCCAGGUAUUAUCACACUGUUUUUCAUGAGAUAGGCAGUCUAUGCAAAGCAAAUAAUGUGAAGUGAGGCAAACACCGAGAAAACCUCACCUCGACACUGAGUAAGCACAAAGGUGUUGGCGCUGUUAGUUACUAUAGGAUCUGUGGCACUGCAAAUACACACCCACCCACCAACACACACACACACACGAUCACUGAAACUGUAAGUAUGCAAGAAGUUUUAGCCAUUAAUGGAGUAGGAUUGGGGGAAACUCUGAAGGUCUGGCAUCACUAAAACAAAUGAAAAGACAUGAGGGUCCAGUAUGAUAAUGUUAUUUUUUUUGGGCUGCUGAUUUAUCUCAAUAUGAUAAAUGAUCAUUAAUAUUUAUUAUAAUUAUGUGUCCAGAUGUUUCUUUAACAGAGACUGUCAUUCUGUGAUGUUUUAUUUUAAUUAUCUUUAACUGUUUACAAAGGGAGAUAAAGAAAAAAAAAAAAAACACUUAAUCUAUUCAUCAUCUGAUUUUAAUAACAUACACCUCUGCUUAUUAAAAUUAUGAGUGUUCAGGAAUGGAAGAAUAACCCUCUGCUUGCUUAAAUGGUGUAAAGGCUACCAUAAAAGCAAUAAUUUCCAUGUUCAUUCAGUAAUAAACACAAGAAUUAUGCAUUGUAAUUAACAGAAUUUCCCAUCUUCAUAUUCACAAAAAAAAAAAAAAAAUUGAUCAGUCAAAUUUAUGAAACUUUAUCAUCAGGGUGUCAGAGAAACUUGAACUUACAAUAUUGGUAUUGUAGUCUUAUUUGAGUACGGCACAAUUAUUGUAAUGCAGCCAAGAACUUUGAAAACACUACAAACAAUAAUCACAGAAAGGCACACUGCUCGACUCAGAAUGCAUAGGAUUUGCACAUGAUGUUGAAAAGCCUUAGAAUAAUGCAGGUUAUGGAUUUGAUAACAAAUCCGCCUCGGGAUAAGUGGAUCAUGCCUUUGGAAACAAAUCAAGAGACGUGCCUCCAACCAGGUAGUAGUACUGUAGAGUCAAACGCUAUAAGGACUGGCCACGCUCAGAAACAGGAGUGGAUACAUGUAAUUCAAUACUGUCAGCAGCGUUGUACAGUAUGUGCCCAUGAGGUGUUUUUUCUAUUUUAUUUUUGUUACGUUUGUUUCAACCUCAGUCAGGGACUUAACGUUAUUCCUCAAAGUGUAGCACAUAAAUAACCACUGGCUGACUCUGAGAUAUUAAAACAUAGAUAAGUAUAGUAUUAUGUUACAUUCUUGUAAAUGGCACUGCAACAAUGGCUCUGUGUGAAUUUUCUAAAGACCGGUCAGCUAUAAUCAAUCAUGCAGUAUGAACGACUCACGCUUUGACUGUUAUUAUAAAACAAAAAAAAGUGUAAUUAAAAAAAAACAAAAAAAAACAAAAAACAAAACAA